UCGGAUAUCGCUCCCCUCCGUAAAUGCGCCUCCCUAUCCAGGGAGACUCACUCCUACAGUGAUCCUCCUGCUGUGCCCUUAAUUGCAAUCGAUCCGAGGGAUGCUUAGUCUAGUUGCCUGCCUGCAUCUACCCCACUUUGCUUAUUUAGUCCUUUGUCAGGCCACGGACCAGGCAACAAAAUACCCUUCCGGCCCCAUCGUUCAUUGGGUCACUCAGUCGCACGUUAAAAGUGUGGGGUUCCGUAUUCCCCGCGAACAAGAACAUGGUUUCUUCUUUCUCAAACAAAUGUUUCCGUCUUUAUUCUACAUAGUGUUGUCUUGUUCUGAUUCACGCUGCGCUGUUAGACCUUUUUUUUUUUUUUUUUUUUUUUUUUGGUGGCAAAAUCACCUUCCAGUCCUUUUAGUGGCAAAGACAUAGGGAGACUUGAACCCGAAUAGAAAAAUACAAGCCCACCCUUAUUGUGAAUCCAUCGAAAGAUUCUCUCGUUUCUUUUUGUCACAUUGUAUGCUUGCAUUUAUUUUGUUCUUCGAAAGGGAUUGU